GCUUCGCCGGCGUCAAGAAAAUUAGUGGCCACUAUCCUGCGCCUCUCUCUCUCUCUCUCUCUCUCUGACACUCACUACUCCCAGUCUGUCUCCCUCUCCAUUCUACGCCUCUGAUUCUCUCAAUACUGUAACUCUCCUGAGCAGAGAGCAUCGCGUCGUCUCCUUCUGAACCGUAUCGUCGUGCCGCUGAGCCUCCCACCUAACCUCUCCCUCUCCGCUCCACUUCUGAUUUCUCCUUGUGUCGUCGCGGCUGAGCCUCGCCUCGCCUCUCCCUCUCCCUCCCCGCUCCGCCAGUGUUCUCUCUUGUUCUCUAAGUUCCAGGAUGAGAAUUGGGACAGCGAGCAGCUCACUUGUACUCAAUCGCUGUUUCUCCAUCUUUGCUAGGGAACCCUCUCUAUCCACUGCUGUGGUAAGGAGAUCCCUCGCGAUAUCAACCACAAGGCCAACAGCCUUCACAUCGGUUCGUGGGAAGUGCUGGUGCUCCACCACCACCACCACCACCAGGCCUGUCGUGGUAGCAGAUGAUAAGAACUAUGGCGACAAACAAGUGAUAAGUGUCACUCCCGCCCUUUAUAACUACAUCCUCUCCAAUGUCAGGGAGCCUCAGAUUUUACGGCAACUUCGGGAGGAGACGGCCUCCAUGCGGGGUAGUCAGAUGCAGGUUUCCCCUGAUCAAGCACAACUACUCGCAAUGCUGGUGCAGAUUAUGGGCGCGCAACGGUGUAUUGAAGUAGGUGUUUAUACUGGAUACUCCUCUUUGGCAAUUGCACUUGCACUGUCAGAGUCUGGCUACUUAGUUGCAUGCGAAAGAGAUGCUAAGUCUCUUGAUGUUGCGAAGAAGUAUUAUGAGCUAGCUGGAGUGGUACACAAGGUAGAUGUUAGACAUGGACUUGCUGCAGAUACCUUGAAGUCUCUUAUUCUGAAUGGUGAAGCUUGCAGUUAUGAUUUCGCAUUUGUUGAUGCCGAGAAGAAAAUGAAUCAAGAAUACUUUGAAAUGCUCAUGCAGCUGGUGAGGACUGGCGGCGUCAUUGUGAUCGACAAUGUUCUGUGGCAUGGCAAAGUAGCUGAUCCUAUGGUAAAUGACACCAAAACUGUCAGCAUUAGGAAUUUCAACCAAAGAUUGAUGGAGGAUGAUCGUGUAAGCAUUAGUAUGGUGCCGAUUGGUGAUGGGAUGACAAUUUGUCGGAAAAGAUGACAUGCAUUAACAACAAUGGUAUAGAUUGGGAAGUAGUUGCCUAUAUCAGUCCGCUAAGCACUUCUACAUACUGUGGAUAAUUCCAGUGCAGCCCUCUGGCAUAAUUUUUCGACAAGCAGAUAUUACGAGCAUGGAGCUUCAGGUGCACUAUCAGAGUCUAAUGGUAGAGGGCAUGCUUGUGGAUUUACUUAAUUAGGUGUCAUACGGAAUUCGAGUGUUCAGAUUUGAUAGAGGAAUGGGAAUCACUUGCAGUAUCUGUUGCUCCGACGAGGUGACAGUUGGACCAGGUAAGUUAACUAAGCUUUGUUGUAUUUGGACUGAAUCGAGGGGUGCAGAUGACAGGUUGUGACUUUGUGUUAUUGUCAAGUAGGUCUCCGAAAUUUUGUUUUUCUAAUUUUGGGAUAUCUUAUUCAUCAUCUAUAGCUACCAUCUUAUUUUGGUCAUUGACGUGUUGUUGUCAAGUAGGCCAUCAUUGCAUUACUUACUCUCUCUUUUAUUCAAUUACUAACAGUUUGACAUAUCUCUAAAUUGGAGCAUUAUGCAACAAAACAAGCUUAUUUUAGGAAGAGAUAUUCUUGAUCUCAUUAAAAUGCACUUAACUCAUUUUCGAAGUCAGAUGUUUCUGUAAUUUGCUAGCCUGGAGCGGCAGGAUUUUGAUAGGCGGCAGGGUCCUUGGGUUUACAAGGUAGAGGUGAACGUAGAUUCAGAAUCGAAGAACAAUAUGUAAUUUUCGUUGAACAUCACGAUAUUAGAAAAGGCGACUGCCCCCUCAGUCC